UUAAGACGUUCCACAUGUUAGCGCAGCCAUAAAGAUCAUUCCUCCAUCAUCAUCAUCAUCAUCUUCUCCCAUAAUUCCCCUCUCUACUUUAUCUCUCUAAAUCUCCCUUUCAUCAACCUUCGUCUCUUUCCCUCGCCACUCAAAGCUACUUCUCUCAGGGUACACAGAUUUGAGCUUGGUGUACCUUAAGUCUCGCAGACAGGGGAUAUAACUGUUAUGCAAGUAUCUUCUGUCUGGAUUUCUUGAGACUUUUAGUUAUGUCAGGUGGGGACGUCGGACGGCUCUCUAGUGAUGACCUACAAUUGGUAUGCGGUGAUGCAGUUUACUGGAGUUUUUUAUUCAUGAUCUAUUUGUUAUAUCGGUUGCAUGGUGGAUUUCAAGGGAUAUUAUUUCCAAAUGUAAAAAAUCUUAUUGAGCGAUGCCUUCAACUACAUAUGAGCAAGAAAGAAGCAAUUGAUGUGCUCUUAAGAGAAGCAAAUGUGAUGCCUAGUAUUACUGCACUUUUAUGGCAGCGGCUUGAAGAAGAGAAUCAGGAAUUUUUCGAGGUUUAUCAUAUUCGUUUGGCAUUGACAGAGCAGAUAAAGAAAUUCAAUGAACUGUUGAAGGCGCAGGCAUCGCUGAUGGGGAAUAUCCAAUCUACAGGAGUUACUACCAUGCCAGUUUCUAAUGGAACUACUGUAGCACAAUACCAACAAAAUGCUGGCUGCUAUGCUAUUGAUCAGACUGGACCAUCUAUGAGACAAGAGAGCUUACAACCUUCUGUUGGUCCAAAUUUACACAAUUCGUACACUAAUGGUGUCUCACCCUUGCAAACACCUUUUGACUUGUCUACUCCAUCAAGAACAAUUGAUUGUCAUCCUAACACACUUCAUGUUCAGAACACUAAUUCCUUGAGAUUAGUGCAAGGUCUGAAUGGAGGGAUGGUUAAGUCAGAAAGUGGUUACCCUUCUGAUUCUUCAGUUUUCUUUAAUGCCGAUCCUCAUCUUGGUGAAGCACAUCGUUCCAUGGAAGAGGCAUCAAUUACAAAUUUUGGUGGUAUGGAGGCAAGCUCACAACCGAUGAAUGGGACACUAUUGGGCGUGAAUGGUUCUUUUGGACAGUUGGGCAUUAAUAAAUACUUUAGUCUUCCCGAGUUAGUGGCUUAUCCUAAUACAUUAGAGAACUAUACGAAUUCGUCCUUUAUGACGUCUGAGACAGAGAACUUCCUUGACUCCCAAGACAGGGGUGACAUUGCAGAAGAAAAUAAGGUGGCAAUGACAGAGAACUAUAGUAAUUAUGAAGAAUUUGGAAGUGAGUAAUAUAAUUUUAUUGGCUAGUAUAUCAGUCGAGCAGACAUUUAUAUGUACAUAAGAUUGUAGGAAUGGACCGAGUCUUUGCAGAUUUAAAUACUUUUUCGUGGAGGUACAUAAAUUUGUGUGCGUACUCCUACAUUAGUUGAUGCUUCCUUAACGAAGGAUGGUAGCAGUUCAAGUCUUGACAAAGUGCUGUGGAGAUGUGUAGCAACUUUUAGUUUAGUGUUUUGUUUGUCGUACAAAGUAAUUCUUAGGAAAGUCAUUAAUUUAGUGUUGUGACUUAAUCUGGAUUUUGUAAAAUGAAAUUGACAAACAUAGCAAUAUCUUUUUUUUUUUCUUUUUAAAUUAUUUGAUUGAAAUCUGAAAGCUUAAUGUGACUUAAUAUCAAUAUUGAUACUUAGCAAUA